AUGUCGACGCCGUCACCAGAGACGCUGAAGACGUGGACGUCAUGUCGGUUCGUGCAGAUGGGCUGGUUCUCCGCACAUGAGGCGGUCACCUACGUUGAUCUAUUCUUCAAGAACUGCUCGCCAUUGUCGCCGAUACUGGGAGAAUUUUACUCUCAUCAUGAGAAUCACUAUACGCUCAUUGCGUUGGAUCCAUUCCUGUGCACUACCAUACUCAUGAUUUCAUCUAGGUACAACAUUCUUCCUGGUGUAGGCGGCGCAUCCAGAGGUUACUUUGUGCAUGACAGGCUUUGGGAGCAAUGCCAGCGCUUCAUCAUGAAGAUCAUGCUCGGACAAGUCAAGCCGUCGAAAGCGCAGAGUCGGACCAUUGGAUCUAUAGAGGCGCUUCUCUUGCUGUCCGAAUGGCAUCCUCGCGCGCUGCAUUUCCCCACUGCUGCUGAUGGCUGGGAUUGCGAGCUCAUGAUCGGCGCGAACAACACCACAGAGGAAGGCGCGAAGCUGUUGGAAGGUGACGUAACAUCCAAUCGAUGGCUUGAGGAUGUCAUCGAGCCGGCUAAACGUUCUGACCGUAUGUCAUGGAUGCUGAUGGGAUGCGCGCUGUCGUUAGCACAAGAGCUGGGUCUCUUCGAAGACAACGCUAGGAUCGACAAGGACCAAGUGUCUUACCCAAAGUUCACCACUGAGUACCUCAUCUUACGAAGGAUCAGAGCUCGGAAGCUACUAUAUGUUCUGCUCGAGCAGCUUUCAUGGAGGCUCGGUUGCACAUCGAUGAUCCCGCAGAGUCUUAAUCAUGCUCUGAUGGAGAAGAUACCAGUCGACUCCGCAACCGGUGCAGUCGAGCAGUGGCAGUCCUUCAUGAGCGCCUGGGUCGAACUCACCAAGCUCGCUCGCUCAAUCUCAGACACCAUCUACCCAAACACCGCCACGACACGAAGUUUACUACGCACUGGUCGCUACAUCGGGCUGUUGGAGCACUUUCAGCCAUUGCUAGUAUCGUGGCGUAAGAAGUAUCUCGACCCAUGCAAGCUCAAAGUCGGUCUCCACGACAUGCUCCACAUCGAAUACCAAUACGUCCGCAUUUACACCAACUCCCUCGGCAUGCAAGCCGUCGUCGAGCGUACACUCGCUGAAACCGAUCCCGAUGUGCCGCAGGAAGACAACCUCCCGUUCAACCUCGAGCCGCGAGACUACGACUUCAUCCAAGAAGUCGUCGACGGAAGCUGUCAGAUUCUGCAAAAGGUCUGUCAGCUUUCUGAAACGGGGGCGCUGCGGUACUCGCCUGUCAGGAUCUUCUUGCGGAUAACGACUAGCUCGAUCUACUUGAUCAAAGGGUUGAGCCUGGGUAGUAGGAAUGCCAAGUUGCAGAGUUGUUUGGAUAUCCUGGACGCGGCGAUCAGGGCUCUUCGUGCUAGUACCCUCGAUGACAUGCACCUCGCAUCCCGCUACGCCACUCUCCUCGACCUGCACGUCGCCCGCCUCCGCGAAUCCUUCGUCGUAUCCUCACGUACUUCCGCUCUCAAGACUGACACCGCCGAUAUCAUCGUCAACGUUGAGGAAGUGGAAUCGCUUCUCGUCCUCCUCACCCAUUUCCGAAUCGUCCUUCAGUAA